UAUAACGAAGAAGAAAGUAAAGGUUAUAACAGAAAGUCGUUACUCCCUAAAAGGAGUAAGUUCAAUAAAGCUGAAAAGUUGAAAGCAGUGAAGAGUUCAAAAUGGCGGGUCCAAAUCCAUUUGCCAAGUUCCAGAAGUCUUUUACCCACGCAGGCACCCUCUACAAGUAUUUCGAUUUGGCCUCUAUUGAUAACAAAUACAAUGAGCUGCCCUACUCCAUCCGUGUGCUCUUGGAGUCGUCCGUGCGCAAUUGUGAUAACUUCCAUGUUCUGGAGAAAGAUGUGCAGAGCAUCUUGAACUGGUCCCCGGCUAUCAAGCUGGGAUCCAAUGAUGUGGAGGUGUCCUUCAAGCCGGUUCGCGUCGUUUUUCACGACUACACUGGUGUCCCCGUCAUGGUGGACAUUGCUGCCAUGCGCGAUGCUGUCUUGAAGCUGGGUGGUGAUCCUGUGAAAGUAAAUCCGGUCUGCCCCUCCGUCAUGGUCAUCGAUCACUCCUUGCCGGUGGAGUUCCAUCGUUCUACAGAUGCCAUGGCCAAGAACUUGGCUGUGGAGUUUCAGAGGAACAAGGAGCGUUUCACCUUCCUGAAGUGGGCCGCGAAAGCCUUCGAUAACAUGUUGUGUGUUCCCCCUGGCUCUGGCAUUAUCCACCAAAUUAACUUGGAGUACCUGGCCCAUGUGGUCGUCGAGGAGGACAACAAGGAUGGAUCCAAAACCCUGUUCCCCGACAGCGUUGUGGGCACUGAUUCGCACACCACGAUGAUCAAUGGGCUGGGAGUUCUUGGCUGGGGAGUGGGAGGAAUCGAGGCGGAAGCUACGAUGCUGGGCCAAUCCAUCUCCAUGGUGUUGCCCGAGGUUAUUGGAUACAAGCUGGAGGGAAAGCUGAACCCACUGGUCACCUCCACCGAUCUAGUGCUGACCAUCACCAAGCACCUUCGUGAGUUGGGAGUGGUGGGCAAGUUCGUGGAGUUCUACGGUCCCGGAGUGUCGGAACUCAGCAUUGAAGACAGGGCCACCAUCAGCAACAUGUGUCCCGAAUAUGGAGCCACCAUUGGAUACUUCCCCGUGGAUGAGAAUACCCUUGAAUACUUGAAGUUGUCGAACCGCUCGGAGAAGAAGAUAUCAAUAAUCCGGGAGUAUCUAAAGGCUACCCGGCAGUUCCGCAAUUUCGAUAACCAAAAUGAGGAUCCCAAGUUCACACAGAUUGCCUCAUUAGACCUUUCCACUGUGGUUUCCUCAGUUUCUGGACCCAAGAGACCCCACGAUCGCGUUUCCGUUUCAGAUAUGGCAAGGGAUUUCAAAUCUUGCCUGUCCAAUCCAGUUGGCUUCAAGGGCUUUGCAAUUACUCCAGAGGCCCUGAGCGAUGUUGGAGAAUUGCAAUGGGAGGAUGGUAAGACCUAUAAUCUGCAUCACGGAUCCGUAGUCCUGGCGGCCAUCACAUCCUGCACAAAUACUUCCAACCCCUCGGUGAUGUUGGGUGCGGGUCUCCUGGCCAAGAAGGCUGUGGAGAAGGGUCUCGAUGUUUUGCCCUACAUCAAGACAUCCCUAUCGCCCGGAUCUGGAGUGGUCUCUUACUACCUGGAACAAUCUGGUGUCAUUCCGUACCUUGAGAAACUGGGAUUCAACAUCGUGGGCUAUGGCUGCAUGACAUGCAAUGGCAACUCGGGACCCCUCCACGAAAAAGUGGUAAAUGCCAUUGAGGACAAUAAUCUGGUUUGCGCAGGAGUUUUAUCCGGAAACCGAAACUUCGAGGGACGCAUCCACCCCAACACCCGGGCAAACUACCUGGCCAGUCCUCUCCUGGUCAUUGCAUAUGCCAUUGCAGGCCGAGUGGACAUUGACUUCGAGAAGGAACCUCUGGGCGUGGAUGGCAAUGGCAACAAUGUGUUCCUGCGCGAUAUCUGGCCAACUCGAUCGGAGGUCCAGAAGGUUGAGAACAAAUACAUCAUUCCAGCCAUAUAUCAGGAUACAUACAGCAAGAUUGAGCUGGGCACUCCGGAGUGGCAGUCGUUGCAGAUACCAAAUGGAAAACUAUUUUCCUGGGACCCCGAGUCCACCUACAUAAAGCAGGUGCCCUUCUUCGACGGCAUGACCCGCGAGGUGCCCCAACUAAGGAGCAUCGAGAACGCCCGCUGUCUGCUGCUGUUGGGCGACUUUACCACCACGGAUCACAUCUCUCCAGCUGGAGCGAUAGCCAGGAACUCGCCAGCUGCUCGCUACCUCUCGGAUCAUAAUGUAACACCCAGGGAUUUCAAUACGUACGGCACGCGACGUGGUCACGAUGGAGUCAUGUCCAGGGGGGCUUUCGGAAACAUUCGUCUGGUCAACAAGCUAAUCUCAAAGACCGGACCGCAGACGCUGCACAUUCCCAGCGACGAGGUGCUGGACAUCUUCGAUGCUGCCCAGCGGUAUCGCGAGGAGGGCACUCCACUGGUUCUGCUGGCUGGCAAGGAUUACGGCAGUGGCAGCUCCCGCGAUUGGGCGGCUAAGGGUCCUUAUAUGUUAGGUAUCAAGGCCAUCAUUGCGGAGUCCUACGAGCGCAUCCAUCGGUCCAAUCUGGUGGGCAUGGGCAUUAUUCCCCUGCAGUUCCUGCCCGGCCAAAAUCCUGAGACUUUGAAACUAACUGGCCGCGAGGUUUUCAACAUUAUUCUGUCGGAGAGCGACUUGAAACCGGGCCAGAAAAUCAAGGUUAAAGCUGAUGACACUGUCUUUGAGGCUAUCCUACGUUUCGAUACCGAUGUGGAUAUCGCUUAUUACAGGAACGGUGGUAUUCUUAACUACAUGGUUCGAAAGAUGUUGGCUAAAUAGUUAUUUGUG